AUGCUGGCAGUGGGUCAUCUUUGGGAUGCUCAAAUGAACCUGUACCACCUAGUCCAGUUCUUGGUGUUGGUCGCAAACAAAGCUACUCGGACGUCGGAUAAUAUUUGCCAGCUUGCAGUAGAAGCAACUGAAAUGGAAUGUUGCAGGCGGCAGCUCGUACCAUAUGGUGAACAGAGGUUCCUACAACUCUACAACCAUUUGGCGGGCAGAAUUCGGCCAAGAAAGUUUCCUAUCGGCAUUUUUACGCUAUACACCAUUUUCUUCAUUCUUAUCUCCCUCUCAGUAUUCCUGUUUCACCUCAGGAAUAUCAGCGGAGAUGAAUCACAGCCUUUGCUUUCGGUCGAAUCUCGAUCCGGGCAAGUACAAACGCUACAGGUGCCUGAUGGCCAACUGUGGGACCCUCCUAAUAGUCAUGGUCUACAUCUUUGUGUCAAGCCAACAGCUAAAUAUAAAGGUGCCCAAGGUUUUGAUCGUUAUCUAACUGUUAGAAGUAAUGGGGGACUAAAUCAAAUGCGAACUGGUAUAGCAGACAUGGUGGCUGUGGCACAUAUGAUGAAUGCAACUCUAGUCAUCCCACAAUUGGAUAAACGGUCAUUCUGGCGAGAUUCUAGUGUAUUUUCAGAUAUAUUUGAUGAGCUUCAUUUCAUAGAAUCCCUGAAAGGAGAUGUCAGAGUUGUCAAGGAACUUCCCAAGAACUUGGAAACUGUCCCCCGGGCCAGAAAACACUUCACGUUGUGGUCUGGUGUGGCUUACUAUGAAGAGAUGAAAAGGUUGUGGAAUGACUAUCAGGUGAUACAUGUUGCGAAAUCAGAUUCUCGACUUGCAAACAAUGAUCUUCCUCUUGACAUUCAGAGGUUGAGAUGCCGUGCGCUUUAUCGGGCACUUCGAUUUUCUCCUCCAAUUGAGACUUUAGGAAAGAGGUUGGUGGAGCGGCUGCGAUCACGUGGGGGAAGAUAUAUUGCUCUUCAUCUGAGAUAUGAGAAAGAUAUGUUGUCUUUUACUGGUUGUACCUAUGGUCUGACAGAUGCAGAAUCUGAAGAGCUGAGAAUAAUGAGAGAGAACACAAAUCAUUGGAAGGUGAAAAAGAUAAAUGCAACAGAACAGAGAAGUGGAGGAUUUUGUCCACUAACUCCAAAGGAGGUCGGGAUUUUUCUUCAAGCUCUUGGUUAUCCAACAUCAACGCAGAUAUACAUUGCAGCUGGGGAGAUCUAUGGUGGUAAUACUCAUCUUUCAGAGCUCUCAGCGCGCUUCCCUGAUCUGAUUUUUAAGGAAUCUCUUGCAACCCCUGAGGAAUUGAAAGCAUUCAGCAAUCAUGCAUCUCAGACUGCUGCACUGGAUUACAUGGUCUCUGUGGAGAGUGAUGUGUUUGUUCCAUCACAUUCAGGAAAUAUGGCAAGAGCUGUAGAGGGACACCGUAGGUUCUUAGGUCACCGCAAGACAAUCAACCCAGAUAGGAAAGGGCUUGUUGAAAUUUUUGAUAAGAUGGAAACUGGAGAGCUGGAUGAAGGACCGUCACUUUCAAAUCUGGUGCAGCGGAUGCACAAGAGCAGGCAAGGAGCUCCAAGGAAAAGGCAUGGUUCCCUGCCUGGAGUUAAAGGACGAGCACGCUUUAGGACUGAAGAGUCUUUUUACGAAAAUCCGUACCCAGAAUGUAUAUGUGGUUCUAGAAGAAAACUAGAAAUAACGUGAGAUCAGAUCAGUGUGCCGCUUCAAUAAGGAAAAUUUUAAGGGUCGUUUAAUUGUAACCAGAUCUAAUUUCGGGGUCCUUCAAGCCCUUAAUCAUAAAUACACGAUUUUGCCGGGUUGAUUCUAUGCGAGUAUCUCAAGUGUUCUCUCUGUUUUUUUUU